AUAUGUACAUUCAACAUUGUAGUUUGCACAUCCGUCAUCGUCAAUAAGCUAACAUUACUGAAAACUUUAAUAAAUGAGUAAAUAUUAACUAUUUCCAAUCAAUAAAUGACUGAAGAAAUUUUGCAUGAUUAUGCCAACGAUAUACAGAGAUUAAGAAAAGAAUGCAUUGAUGCAGGUAUUCGCGAGGAUGAGUUCCGACGGAUGUAUUUAGAUUCCCUUCGAAAUCUAGAAAACUCAAGUCAACGCAAAUACAAACUAUGGCUUAAAAUAUUAUGCAUAGUAUUUGCUCUUUCGUGUGUAAUAGCUGUUACUACACAUUACCGAUAUAUUUAUAGUUGUAUCAUUUGCAAUGUACAAGAAUAUAUUUAUCCAGGGCUGCGGCUUUGGAGACAAAUUUCUCUUCCGUUUCUAUCGCUUUUUCCAGGAUUAACGGGCCUGCAUCAAGAAACAUGCUUACUCCAAAAUCCUUACUUUACGGUGGUGGAUAUGGAUUGUUGGCCUUGUAGUAAUGUUCAAAAUGUCAGAGAAAUACAGAAUCCUAAUCAUUCACAUAGGCAGCACAUUUCACCCUUGAUUUAUUUAACUAAACAAACAGAAUUGUCAUGGAUACAAUUAAGUGAAUUAUAUGUUAGAAAUAGGAAGGUAUUUGAUGUGGAGAGUCCUAAAGUAUUAGUUAAUAAUAAAUAUUAUUUAACACCUGAAGAUGUGUUCAGUAACAAUCAUGAUAGUAAUACAAAUCACAACCUCUAUAUUUGGAAAAUUAACACAUUGAAUGCAGCAAGAAUAUUACGGCAAUACAUUCCAAGACCUAAAAUUGUUCCAAAAUUUGGUCAAAGCUCAGAAAGAUUUAUAAUUAUUGAUACAGAUGGAAAUCAAUUUCAAGUGCCAGAUACUGAAUGUAAUUUCUCAUUUUUAUUAGUAUUAAGUGGAAAGAGAACUGUUACAUUAGCACCUGCUGAUGAAUGCAAACAUCAAUGUAGAUCUCUAGAAAUAAAGUUACCAGAGUCAUAUUUGUUGUGGUACAACUGGUGGUACUGGAGACCAACUGUCCAACAAACUUUACAUAAUGAAACAUUCAUUGCUCAUGUUGGUUCUUAUUGCUGAAAAAGAGUCACUGACGUAC